CGGGGACCAGGCUGGGGCAGCAGCGAGGGACCUGGGGGGGCGCUGGCUUUGGCCCCGCCUGGGGCAGGAUGGUGAAUCUGGAGCCCAUGCACACAGAGAUCAAGAUGAGUGGGGAUGUCGCUGAUUCCACGGACGCCCGCAGCACUUUCGGUCAAGUGGAGUCAGGAAAUGAUCGAAAUGGCCUAGAUUUCAACAGACAGAUUAAGACGGAGGAUCUGGGUGACUCUCUACAGCAGACCCUUUCCCACAGGCCAUGCCACCUGAGCCAAGGACCUGCCAUGAUGCCUGGAAACCAAAUGUCUGGGGACAUGGCUUCUCUCCAUCCACUCCAGCAGCUUGUGCUGGUCCCUGGCCACUUACAGUCUGUGUCCCAGUUCCUGCUUUCCCAGACCCCACCUGGGCAGCAAGGUCUGCAGCCGAAUCUUCUCUCCUUUCCACAGCAACAAAGCACUCUACUCCUCCCACAGACAGGGCCUGGCCUCGCCUCCCAGGCAGUUGGGCGCCCUGGGCUGUCAGCAUCCUCUUUAGAGCCCCACCUGGAAGCUCCUCAACACCUGCCAGGGCCCAAGCAUCUGCCUGGCCCCGGAGGGAAUGAUGAGCCCACUGACCUGGAGGAGCUGGAGAAGUUCGCCAAGACCUUCAAGCAGAGGCGCAUUAAGCUGGGCUUCACACAGGGAGAUGUGGGAUUGGCGAUGGGAAAGCUGUAUGGCAAUGACUUCAGCCAGACUACCAUCUCGAGAUUUGAGGCUCUCAACCUGAGCUUCAAGAACAUGUGCAAACUCAAGCCGCUGCUGGAGAAGUGGCUGAACGAUGCAGAGUCCUCCCCGUCAGACCCUUCAGCGAGUACACCCAGCUCCUACCCCACUCUCAGCGAAGUGUUUGGCAGGAAGAGGAAGAAACGGACCAGCAUCGAGACCAACAUACGCCUGACUUUGGAGAAGCGAUUUCAAGAUAACCCGAAACCCAGCUCGGAAGAGAUCUCCAUGAUUGCGGAGCAGUUAUCGAUGGAGAAGGAGGUGGUGAGAGUCUGGUUCUGCAAUCGACGCCAAAAGGAGAAGAGAAUCAAUUGCCCCGUGGCCACCCCUGUCAAACCACCCAUCUACAACUCCCGGCUGGUCUCUCCCUCAGGGUCUCUGGGCUCCCUCUCAGUCCCUCCGGUCCACAGCACCAUGCCAGGAACAGUAACGUCAUCCUGUUCCCCUGGGAACAACAGCAGGCCUUCGUCUCCUGGCUCAGGACUCCAUGCCAGCAGCCCCACAGCAUCUCAAAAUAACUCCAAAGCAGUGGUGAACUCCUCCUCCUCCUCCUCCAGCUUUAACUCCUCGGGAUCGUGGUACCGUUGGAAUCAUCCCACCUACCUCCACUGAAACCAAAAACUUCCUCCCUUUCCACCUGGCCCCUGGUUCCCGAGAGGAGGAAGAGAGUUGUGCCUUCCACGUAUGGACAGACACUUGGAGAAGAGUGGGAGAAAUGGCUGCUGCUGAAGAGCAAACCCAUAUAGUCUUGCCUUCUCCUGGAUCCAGAGCCUCCGGAGAACCUAACUGUGACCAAAGGCCACACUCUUGCCUUGCGCUCUUCAUCACCCCCCUGGGAGUUUACUGUGCUCGCCUGCCUUGGGUCCCCUCCAUGCUCUCCUGGUGGCUUCUCCUCUUGGAGAAAGGGCAUUCUGCCAUUGGUAGUUUUCAGCUCAUCCAUGGGCUUCUGGGACAGCCUUUUUCUCGGUGUGCCAAACUGCAAGAAAGUAGAUUAUGGCUUUGACUCUGACCUCAGCCACAAUCCUGAACGGAUCCCAAAUUCUACGGAAAGACUGAAAUCUCAUGUCUCCACCAAAGCCUUACCUUGUUAAUUAGCACAGUUUUCCCACGAAAUCUCCAUUUUUGCCUAAUUUUCUUUCAGCCCUUACUCCUUUUUCUACAACCAAAACUGUCUAUUCUUGGGUCCUACAAAGUCCCUUCAUCUCUACAAAUGGCUGAGCUACCCUCUGGCCAUGUUGCUCCAUCCACAGGUACUCCUCUGUUACCCACAUGUACCCACGUUCCAGGACACUUGUCUUUUCUCUGUUCCCUGUGGGUCUCCUUGUCCUGUCCCCUCUCCUUUCUCCUGGCCACAGAAAAGUGAUGGCCACAUUCUUGUACAUAGUCCUUUCCUAUUCUGCACCAUGACCUUUCCUUAAUAUGUAAUUUUCCAGCAAGAUGUUCAACUCAGGUGUGAAUUUUGAAGAUGUCUCUAUAUUAUUUUAUCUUUCAUUAGAAAAGGAAGGGGGAUACCAAAGUGUGGAAUACCCCACAGAGUUCCCCCGUGAGCUGGGGUUCUGCUGACUUGGGGGGGAACAUUAUAUGUGGAGUCUCCUUCUGUGGAUCUGUGUGUAAAGCUGUCACAUGAAAGCCAUCCCAGAAAUGGUACCUUUUUUUUUUUUUCCUAAAGACUGAAUAUCCAGGAAACUGUUGAGACUCAAAGGAAUCUCUUUGUUUCUAAAUAUAUUUGUACAGCAAUGACAUAAAGUAUUCCACUGUUAAU